GUAGUUGAAUAAUUUUUAAAAACUUACUCAUAGCGCGCCCUAUGGCCAAAUGUAACUGAAAUAUUAAUAUUUCAGUAAAAUACAAACUGAAACAUAUUUUAUUUUGUAUUUUUAUGAACUUUUUGACAUAUGACCACCAAAACGCCUCAAACUGUCAUGGCGAAUCGUGUGACGUCAUACGUUGCAAAACACAGUGCUGUUUGUUUUUGGUGGAUGAAGCGUUCUUAUAAUUAAAGCAAUAAAAUGGAUCACAAGUUUUACAAAUAUUGUAUAGUGCCUCAGUGCGAAAGCUCGACUAUUAAAACACCUGAAAAACUAUUUAUACAUGUGCCUAGAAAUGAACAAAGGCGAAAGUGGCUACAACUUGCAAGACGCGACGUGAAUGUGGCUUUGGAUUCAAAAAUGUACUUUUGUGAGGAUCAUUUCGAUUUGCCAAAUGAUAUGGAAAAUUACAUGGAAUAUCAUGUCAUGGGAUUUGUAUCGCAAGUUCGGAUGAAACCAGAUAUUUUACCUAGUAUAUUUGAUUGUCAACCAGAUAGAAGAAAACGAGCAAGCAGUAGUUUGGCGCGACCAUGUGCUCUAAAAAGACAAAGGAUGACUAUAAUAGCAGAGUGCUUAAAUAAAACAGACAGCAGCAUUGCCAAAACUACUCCAGUUCAAGAAAAAUCUCCAGUUAUUAAUGAAGAUUUACAAAAAACUAGAAAAACAGAAGAUUGCUUAAAUAAAACAGUUGAGAGCAGCAUUGCCAGCACUAGUUCAGUUCAAGGAGAAUCUUCUGUUACAAAUUCAGAUUCACACAUGAUCGGAGGAAUUUUACAAGAACCUAAAAAAACAGCAAAUAAAUGUGUACAAGUAUUGCUGACAAAGAAAUACAGAAGCAAAGCUACUCAAACACAAAAGAAAUCAGUGGACCAGGCAGCUUCACCACCUUCACCAUUCAGAUAUAGCAAAAAUGUUUCUACAUCUCCAUUUAAAGUUGAACAUGUACAACCUAAACUAUCACGACCAUCUGGAUCUGGAAUAUCAAAGAAGUUGUUCUGGGAAGAAGAUAACUCAGAUAGUGAUUUUUCUUUAUGUAAGUCAACUGUGACUCAUUCAGAAUCUUCACCGUCUACAAAAUCUACUUCAGGCGGCAGCGAAACAGUUAAACAGGAGAAAAAAUCAAUUGAAGCUGUACAAAAUAUAAUUAAUAAAAUUAAAAAUAAACCUAGGUUUUACAUUGGAAUACCCAAAAGCAGUUACUUUUUUAGGGUUCCGUAG